GCGCGUGCAGUGGCUGUAGUAUAAACGAACAAGCAGUUUAUGAGCCACACUCAAAGCUAGAGUUCCGCGCAAAGGGAUCGGGAUGGCAAGGAGACUAUCGCACCACGUCGUCCUCCUCCUGGGGCUCUUGCUGACAGGGACCGCUACAGUCCGGGCAAACAGAGGGGGAGCAAUGCUUGAAGAGGAGAGGGAGAAUCAAAACGACGAGAGCCAUUGUGAAGUUAAAACCGUUACCGUUUCUACGCUUCCUGUACUCCGAGAGAAUGAGUUCAGUUUCACCGGCGUUGGCUCGGGGAGCAUGGCUGGAGGAGGAGGGGAGUCCCGGCUCCUUUUAUUCGUUAGAACAGACCUACCUGGAAGAAUUUCCGUUAUGGAUGAUCUCGACAACACCGCUCUCCCAUACUUCACACUGGAGAUGUCAGGUACUGGGGCAGACAUAUCUCAGGUGCAUUGGAAGCAGCAGUGGUUGGAGAAUGGGACUCUGUAUUUCCACGUGUCCAUGAGCACCUCUGAGCAGCUGAUCCAGACCACCGUGCCUACGGCCCGGGAACCUGCUCACGUCCUGCACGAACACAUGCACCUGCUUCACAUCUCUGUUAUGGGAGGCCUGAUCGCUCUCCUCCUCCUCAUCCUCCUCUUCACCCUGGUGCUGUACACUCGUCACCGCUGGUGCAAGCGCCGACGUGUCCCCCAGAAAAGCGCCAGCACCGAGGCCACCCAUGAGAUCCACUACAUCCCCUCUGUGCUGCUGGGGCCCCAAGGCAGGGACAGCUUCCGGGGCUCCCGGCAGCUCCAGCACAGUUCUGUCAUUGGCAUGCCCAUCCGGGAGACCCCCAUCCUUGACGACUACGACUGUGAUGAGGACGAUCAGAUGGGACACACACACACCUCCACACCCAACCAGGUCCACAACCAGCUGAGCGAUGGGAAAGUCCUGGGCUUGGAUGAGUAUGGGCCCAGCCAGGGGACACUGACCCACAGUCAGCACACUGACAGCCUGAGGAAGGGGGAGGACAGCCUCCAACACAGUCUGGAUAAAAGAGCCUUUGACCCCAAGCAGGAGACGGUGGAUGCAUUGAUGCGGCGGUUUAAGGAGAGUUUCCGUACUAACACCACCCCGGAGAUCGCCCACUUUCAACACAACGUCACACACAACUCUUCUACAGGACGCAACAGAGGCCCAAGCCACACCAGAGUGGCUGGUAGUGUGUUUGGUCGCCAAGGAGACUCUGGGUCAGAGGGUGACGAUGAGACCCAGCUGAAGUUCUACACAGAGCAGCACAGGGGACGCCGGCGCAGCAGAGGUUGUCCACACAGUCCGAUGAACAAAGCCACUCUGACGUUGAUCACCAUCAGUACGUGUGUCCUGGCUGUGGUUUACGGCACACAGCUCUCCUGCUCUCUCACUGUCAAGGUCAUUCUCCACGUGCCUGAACACUUUGUCGCCGACGGAAGCAGUUUUGUGGUGAGCAUGGGCAGUUUCCUGGAUGUGUCUAACUGGCUGAACCCUGCCAAACUGACCCUUUAUUACCAGACGAAUUCCUCCACCCAGUGGGUCAGAGACUACUGUGGCCAGAGGACCACUGAGCCCUGCGAACAGCUGUGUAACCAAGAGACAGGAGAAUGCAGCUGUCACGAGGGCUAUUCUCCUGACCCGGUGCAUAAACACCUCUGUAUUCGCAGCGACUGGGGCCGCAACGAAGGUCCCUGGCCCUACACCAACCUGGAGAAGGGUUAUGACCUCGUCACAGGGGAGCAAGCUCCAGAAAAGAUCUUCAGGUCGUCCUACAGCCUGGGCCAGGGUCUGUGGCUGCCAGUGAGUAAGAGCUUUGUUGUGCCACCGGUGGAGCUGUCAAUCAACCCCAUCGCCAGCUGCAAGACUGACGUGCUGGUGACAGAGGACCCUGGGGACGUCAGGGAGGAGGCCAUCAUGUCCACUUACUUUGAGGCAGUAGAUGAUCUCCUGGCGUCUUUCGGCCCGGUCCGAGACUGCUCAAAGGACAACGGGGGCUGCAGGAAGAACUUCAAGUGUGUGUCGGACCGCAGAGUCGAUUCAACAGGCUGUAUGUGUCCCGACGGGCUGCGGCCAAUGAAGGACGGCAUGGGUUGCUAUGACUACUCAAAGGGCACGGACUGCACGGAUGGCUUCAACGGUGGCUGUGAGCAGCUGUGUCUCCAACAGCUGGUGCCCCUACCAGACGACCCCACCUCCAGCAACAUCCUCAUGUUCUGUGGGUGUGUGCAGGAGUACAAGCUGGGGUCAGACGGACGCUCAUGUGUUCUCCAGAAAGAGAACUGUGAGGGGCCAAAGUGCCAGAGACAGGAUGUCCGCUUCAAUGACACCCUGUUUGGGGAGAUGCUGCAUGGCUACAACAACAAGAGCCAGCAAGUCAACCUGGGACAGGUCUUCCAGAUGACCUUCCGGGACAACAACUUCAUCAAGGACUUCCCGCAGCUAGCAGAUGGACUGAUGGUCAUCCCAUUGCCUGUGGAGGAGCAGUGUAGAGGAGUGCUGUCUGAGCCACUGUCAAAUCUACAACUCCUCACAGGCGAUGCCCAGUUUAAUGAGGCUAUGGGCUAUCCCAUGGUUCAGCAGUGGAGAGUGAGGAGCAACCUGUACAAAGUCAAGCUCAGCGCCAUCACCUUGUCUACAGGUUUCUCCAAGGUUUUGAAGACGCUGACUGCAGAGAGCACCAGAGAGGAGCUGCUGUCCUUCAUCCAGCAGUACGGCAGCCAUUAUGUGUCUGAGGCCCUGUACGGCUCCGAGCUCAGCUGCACCAUCUACUUCCCCAGCAAGAAGGCCCAGCAGCAGCUCUGGCUACAGUACCAGAAAGAAGCGACAGACCAGGGAAGCAGGCGCGAGCUCAAGUCCAUGCCCUUCAUCAGCUACCUGUCUGGGCUGCUGAAGACCCAGCUGCUGACAGAGGACCUGGUGAGUGGCGUGGAGAUCCGCUGCGAAGAGAAGGGCAGCUGCCCGUCGGCCUGCCACCUGUGCCGUCAGGGAGGCCGCGAGCAGCCCUCGCCCAUCCCUGUCCUGCUGGAGGUCAGCCGCAUCGUGCCCCUCUACAACCUGGUGCAGGACAACGUCACUAAGGAGGCCUUCAAGAGCGCCACGAUGAGCUCAUACUGGUGUGCAGGCAAGGGAGAUGUCAUCGACAACUGGUGUCGCUGUGACCUGAGUGCCUUCAGCAAAGACGGCCUUCCCAACUGCAGUCUCCUGAGGCAGCCUGUGCUCAGACUGGCCCCUCACCUAGAGCCUUCCAGCACCAUGGUGGCCCUGGAGUGGCUGGAUGUGGAGCCCCUGAUUGGCUACAAGGUGUCUGAUUACAUCAUCCAGCAUAAGCGGGUGGAGGACCCCUCGGAGGCAGAGAUCUACACAGGACAAUGACCCAACACACCUCCAGGCUGUGUAAGGGCUAUUUGACCAAGAAGGAGAGUGAUGGAGUGACAUGGCCACAACCCAAUUGAGAUGGUUUGAGAUGAGAUGGACAUCAGAAUGAAGGAAAAGCAGCAAGCUCAGCAUUUGUGGGAACUCCUUCAAGACUGUUGGCAAAGCAUUUCCAUGAAGCUGGUUGAGAGAAUGCCAAGAGUGUGCAAAACUGCCAUCAAGGCAAAGGGUGGCUACUUUGAAGAAUCUCAAAUAUAAAAUAUAUUUUGAUUUGUUUAACACUUUCUUUGGUUAUUAUAUGAUUCCAUAUGUGCUAUUUCAUAGUUUUGAUGUCUUCACUAUUAUUCAACAAUGUGGAAAAUAGUAAAAAAUAAAGAAAAUCCCUUGAAUGAGUAGGUGUGUCCAAACUUUUGACUGGUACUGUAUAUAUAUACUGUAAAUAGUAGACACACAAUAUUCAAUUAGGGUUUAAUGAAAACAGUAGUUUGGACAUUUUGGAACUAUAAAAAUAGUUUUCGAACUCCUCGUUAAGGCCAAGACGAGAUAGUGUGUUGAGCCUGUGGAUCCAGCAAUAUUCCCUUUGAAGAAGUUUCCUCUCAAUGUCCUGCAUGACAUCUUGACCAUGUCAAUUCCAAUAUAUCUCAGAGAGCUAAUAGGAUGUCCAGCUUGUACAAAAUUAACAGAAACAGGGUUUUUGGUGUCACCUGUCCGUAUAUUGCUGUGGUGCUCGCCAAUCUGUGUCAAAAGGCUUCUGCUGGUUUGCCCUACGUAAGACAGACUACAAGGACAUUUCAACAUGUAAACAACAUUGGUGGACAUGCAGGUAAUCAGGCCUUUGAUGUUAAAUCUUUGUCCUGUGCGGUGGUGGGUGAAUGAGUCACAUUUGUACAUGAAACUGCAUUGAGCAUUUUGGCCACAUUUGUAAUUACUCUCCAGAACCUUGUACAAGAAAGUUUCCCUUUUCUCUGGUGGAUAAUCAGAUUUGACCACAAUAUCUCUCACGUUUGGGGGUCUUUUAAAGACCAUACGUGGGGGAUAUUUAAAGAUGGCUUUCAGAUCAGUGACAAUAAUGUACAAGUGCUUCCUGAUAAUGUCCUUCAAUGUCUUCCCCGAUGGUGAAUAUUGGGUAAAGCAUGAGAGGACACGUUCUGCUGGUGGAAAUGAUGGAGGAAAUAUUAUGUACAAAAUAAUGUUUCUGUUUUUAAAUGUUUAGGUAAUGCCAUGACGUAUUGGCUUUGUAAGUGUUAACACGGUGGCAAAGUUAAAGGUAGGUAGGCCUUGAUCAUUGGCUCCCAUACAGAAGCAUUCUGGGUAUUAUUAAUGCUGGUUUGUUGAGGUAUUUGGUUACCCCCCCGUGUAUCUUUUCUUAUUGGAGACGGUUGUUCGUGUUUUUGAGUUCGGAUUCUGUUAUCUUUUAGAUGCGAGUGAUAACUUCGACAUCAGACCCUUGUAUUGGCUUUCUCGUUGCUUAACAUCCAUAUGCCCUUGGAGGAGAGAGAAUUGGAGAAGAAUGAAAAAGUGUGGUAAGAGAAGAUUCUGUUUGUCCUCCUUGUGCUCCAUGUAAAAGGAGCACAUCACUUGUCAAUGGAGGAAAUAUCUCCCUCUCAUCUUGAAAGCCUCCCAUUUCCACGCCGUAAAGCUGUGGACUUCCUCCUCACAGGCACAGCCGACAGGUACACGAUCCUGAUAAGCCUUGUUAACUCGUCCUGAUCUUAGCCACGCUGAAAACCACCUCAUCACCAUUAAACCCAGAAUGCAAUCUGAACCCCAGCCCACCAGCAGCAUAGGAUCUAAGGAACUGAGGACUUGGGAGUCCACAUGCUACAGUACAGGCCAGGACUCAACAAAUGAGUUAUAUAGAUGUUAGAAUUUAGAGCACUGUCAGUCUGGCGUUUUAGCCUGAAUCCCUCUGCUGUGACCUUUGACCCAAAGCUAACAAGCUCCGAGGGUCAAUGCGAUUCAGACAGGAAGCAUUUGUUCCAUAAUCUCAGUUGAGGUAUUACUGAAGUUAUGUGCCUUCCCAAAAAAGGGACAGCUAAGUCUCUCAAAGAGGAACUCGGAGCAUCAACUUGUAACUCUGUGGACUGGCAAAACACCCUCUUCCCCUUUCUUCCCUCCAUCUCCACCGCCCACUUUCCCCACAUAUUGUUGUGAUAUUGGCGCACAUUUCACAACAAAUCCAUGUGUGCACCUAAGGCUAUUGGACUGGCUGCCCACAAAUAUGUUUUGCAUUUACUGAUCAAACUGAGGUGAAUGUUUUGCUUUGGAGCUGACCAACGCUGGGGAAAAGCACAAUGUUCUGCUACCACCAUCUAUAAACAGCACUUUAUUGUGUUGUGUUGUGUUUUUGGUUAGGUUUUUGUUUUGAAAAAAACCUGGUACCUACAUUAGGGGGCAGGCUUACUGGAAGUGGGGGUAGAGAGGACUCAAUGUGCUUUUCUCCUGUCCUCCCCUCUAUCCCUCUUUCCUUCUCUCCCUCGUUUUAUAUACGCUUUGGGCCCAGGGAGCACAGCUCCCCUUUGAUAUAGUGCCGCUUUAUGGUCCCAGCCAAAGGCCCUGUGGGUUCAUGCGGGUCAAUAUUCAUUGUUUCAAUCCGAGGGACUUAUUGAAAUUCAUGUUCGUAUAUUUUACUAUAACGUACGUCGAAAUAUUUGAAGCAAUGCACCAAUAGCCUUUGGCUACACUUUGGAGUCCCCACCUCCCAAUGCACACAGAGAGAGAAUAGGACAGUCUGCACCUAGUAUGUCUGUUAUGCAGGAAGAUAGCCCAAAUACUGGAGAGGGAGGGGGACUGUCACUUCAAUGCUAGACCAAACUAGAAACAGCUGGAGAGGUAAAGCGAGUAACUGAGAUAUCUCAAAUACAUUGAAAACAUAAUUUACAGUACAUUCUAUUAUUUAUGAGUUGUAUGUAUUUAAGCAGUGUUAGAUUCUGUAUAUGUUGGUUCUAUUUUCCAUUACACGUACAGUUUAUAAUUGUGAGUGAUCAGAAGUUGAUGAUCAUUCAGGCCUGUAGAGACCUCUAGAUGGCACACCAAUGCAGGGGCAGGAUUUCUAUUAGACGACAUUAUCUAACGAGAUAGCCGCUCUGCCUGAGGCUGAUUCAUAAUGGGAUAGUAGGAUUGACACAGCAGGGCUCAGCAUUCCCAUAGGGCCUACUAUUUGUGAAACUCAGUCAAACCUUUUGACUGCUGAGGGGUGAGACAUUUAAGUAGCAUAAAACAGAUAUUGUAAAGACAUUAUAAAGGGGUCACUUUAAAUCACUUAAUGUGGAUAUAAAGAGGUCACUUUAAAUCACUUAAUGUGGACAAAAAGCUUCUAAAAUAAUGACUAGUACUUGUAAUUGUUAUAGUAGUACUUGUAAUCAUUGUGUAGUAUGGGGGCCCCGAAAAGAACAUGAACAAAGGCUCCAGAAACACCAAACUGUGUCCUUUUAGAAACAACAAAGCUCUCAGUACAGUGAUGCAGGUCUUUAGAUGUUGUACACAUGAAAUUGUGUCAUUCCGAACUUUAUCUGCAACGUUAAAAUUCCAUUAAAAAAAAUAUAUAUAUAUUUCAACCUUUAUUUAACUAGGCAAGUUAAUUAAGAGCAAAUUCUUAUUUACAUUGACAGCCUAAGAACAGUGGGUUAAUUGCCUUGUUCAGGGGCAGAACAACAGAUGUUUACCUUGUCAGCUCGGGGAUUUGAUCUAGCAACCUUUCAGUUACUGGCCCAAAGCUCUAACCACUAGGCUACCUGCCGCCCAACAGGUGAUUUUGUUGCGACUUGAGCGAAACACUCUGUCCAUUCUACAGGUAACUGCUAAAAUAAAGGAAACACUUAAGUAAAUGAGGGAUACAAAGUAUAUUGAAAGCCUGGGGUGCUUCCACACAGGAAGUUCCAGACACUUGUAGAAUCUAUACCAAGGCACAUUGAAGCUGUUCUGGCAGCUCGUAGUGGCCCAAUGCCCUAUUAAGACACUUUCUGUUGGUGUUUCCUUUAUUUUGGCAGUUACCUGUAGCAGCAGGCUACACAGAGAAUGGAAUUGCUGGAUAGGGGAAACGGCUUGAGUCGCACAAAAGGGAAUAUAACAUUGCGUAUAAAGUUCAGAAUGACACAAUUCAAAUCAAAUCACAUUUAUUUAUCACGUACACAUGGUUAGCAGAUGUUAAUGCGAGUGUAGCGAAAUGCUUGUGCUUCUAGUUCCGACAAUGCAGUAAUAUCUAACAAUUCCCCAACAGCUUCCUAAUAAACACAAAUCUAAAAGGGGUGAAUAAGAAUAUGUACAUGUAAGUAUAUGGAUGAGCGAUGGCUGAGCGGCAUAGGCAAAUUGCAAUAGAGGGUAUAAAAUACAGUAUAUACAUGUGAUAUGAGUAAUGUAAGAUAUGUAGACAUUAUUAAAGUGGCAUUAUUUAGAGUGCAUAGUAUAAAGUGACUAGUGAUCCAUUUAUUAAAGUGGCCAGUGAUUGGGUCUCAAUGUAGGCAGCAGCCUCUCUGAGUUAGUGAUUUCUGAUUAGCAGUCUGAUGGCCUUGAGAUUGAAGCUGUUUUUCAGUCUCUCGGUCCCAGCUUUGAUGCACCUGUACUGACCUCGACUUCUGGAUGAUAGCGGUGUGAACAGGCAGUGGCUCGAGUGGUUGAUGACCUUGAUGAUCUUUUUGGCCUUCCUGUGACAUUGGGUGCUGUAGGUGUCAUGGAGGGCAGGUAGUUUGCCCCCGGUGAUGCGUUAUGCUGACCACCCUCUGGAGAGCCUUGCGAUUGACGUCGGUGCAGUUGCCAUACCAGGCUGUGAUACAGCCCAACAGGAUGCCCUCGAUUGUGCAUCUGUAAAAAUUUGUCAGGGUUUUGGGUGACCAGCCAAAUUUCUUCAGCCUCCUAAAAUGGUCCACUCACACAAUGUCUGUGUGGGUGGACCAUUUCAGUUUGUCUGUGUUGUGUAUGCCCAGGAACACCUUCUCCACUGCUGUCCCUUCGAUGUGGAUAUGGGGGUGCUCCCUCUGCUGUUUCCUGAAGUCCACGAUCACCUCCUUUGUUUUGUUGACGUUGAGUGAGAGGUUGUUUUUCCGACACCACACUCUGAGUGCCCUCACCUCCUCCCUGUAGGCUGUCUCGUCGUUGUUGGUAAUCAAGCCCACUACUUUUGUGUCGUCUGCAAACUUAAUGAUUGAGUUGGAGGCGUGCAUGGCCACACAGUCGUGGGUGAACAGGGAGUACAGGAGGGGGCUGAGCACGCACCCUUGUGGCGCCCCAGUGUUGAGGGUCAGCGAAGUGGAGAUGUUGUUUCCUACCUUAACCACCUGGGGGCGGCCCGUCAGAAAGUCCAGGACCCAAUUGACCCGGGGUUGAGACCCAGGGCCUCCAGAUUGAUGAUUGGCUUAGAGGGUAUUAUGGUGUUGAAUGCUGAGCUGUAGUCAAUGAACAGCAUUCUUACAUAGGUAUUCCUUUUGUCCAAAUGGGUUAGGGCUGUGUGCAGUGUGAUGGCGAUUGUGUCGUUUAUAGACCUGUUGGGGCGGUAUGCAAACUGAAGUGGGUCUAGGGUGGCCGGUAAGGUGGAGGUGAUAUGAUCCUUGACUAGUCUCUCAAAGCACUUCACGAUGACAGAAGUGAGUGCUACGGGUAGUCAUUUAGUCAUUAUUUCUGUUAUCUUUGCCUUCUUGGGUACAGGAACAAUGGUAGCCAUCUUGAUGCAUGUGGGGACAACAGAAUGACACAAUUUCAUGUGUACAACAUCUAAAGACCUGCAUCACUGUACUGAGAACUUUGCUGUUUCUAAAUGGACAGAUUUGGAUGUUUUUGGAGCCUUUGUUAAUGUUUUACUAUACAACAAGGAUGAGGAAGUUAUUUGCUGUUUUGGGUAAGUUUCUAAAAAAUGUGAAAUCACAAAAAAGAUGUCUGGACCCAUGCAUUUUUAUAAAAAUUUGAGAUUUGGUUGUAAAAAAGAAAAAUGUCUCCUUUAAUUCCUUUGUUUUGGAUGACCCUUAGAAAGUAUGUGAAUAUACGUAUAGACAAUUCAUGUAUUUACCUUUCACGUGUCAUAGUUCAACUAAAACAUACAGUAACUGCCUAGCUACCUAUUUCUCCUCUCUCCUCCAUGUAUCAAUACUUUAUUACAGUACACCUUUCUCUGUCAUUCUGGGUAUUGAGAAUCCCUGUGCUAUUUCAAGGCAGGGGUCCUCAGUUACAUUCAGCCGUGGGCCAAUUUAUCCUUGAGCGGAUGGUCGAGGGACCCGGAACGUAGUUAUAAAUCAUUUGUACACUGCAAACCUUGAUUAAAUUGGGAUACGAUUUCCAUAUGCCUCUCUAUUUACAGUAUGCGUGGGAAUACUUGGGAACAGAUUUCCUAAAUUAAAUUCACUUUGAGCUCAUUUACUGGUGAUUUGACAGUUUUUUAUGUCAUGAAUGAAAAUUAUAUAUACACUACAUGGCCAAAAGUAUGUGGUCACCUGUUCAUCCAUCAUCUCAUUCCAAAAUUAUGGGUAUUAAUAUGGAGUUGGUCCCCCCUUUGCUGCUGUAACAGCCUCCACUAUUCUGGGAAAGCUUUCCACUAGAUGUUGGAACAUUGCCGCGGCGACCUCCUUUCAUUAAGCCACAAGAGCAUUACUGAGGUCAGGCGCUGAUG